AUGGAUCGUGAAGACUACUGCGCGGACCCAUUCUCCAGCAAUGGGCUGUGGAGGAUCUCCAAGUUCACCUUGGACUCACUACAGCCGCUGGAGUCUUUACCCUGGGACGAGAAGCUUCCCGACCUCUCGGAGGGCGUUUUCAAAAGUCCAUUCAGUUUGUUUGAUAAUGAGGGCCCCGAAUUGCACAAGCUAGACAUUUCCGGAGCCGACCUCUUUGAGCCGAGCGUGUUUGCGGAGUCCACAACGGAUACGUCAAGCGACGGUCAACAUGAACCCAGCAUUGGCGCACAAGAUAUUGCCGAUGAUCUUGAGGAUAUUUGGAAUCUUGAGAAUGUUGGCUCAGCGACCGUACUUAACGACGCCCUUAGAUCUUGGGAGAAGUACCAUGACCGCCACUUUAGCGAGCCUCCGCGGGCAUAUUUCAGUGAGUCUGGAGCGAAGGGGUUCGACGCUGCAAUUGAGAAUCGAGAUAAGCAUGGCUAUGACAACCCUAAACACAUUGUGCGCUACAACACCUUCUUCCAAUCACUAUUUCGGCUUGGUUUAGGGUGGAGCUCUGUGCUCUUUCGGUACAACAAACAACAGCAGAAAUUUGAAAGAGUUGUCAAGGAUAUACGCAUCUCCGGUAUCAGCGCCCUUGCCCUUAGUGGCGUCACGGAUGAGAUCCUACAGUGCGGUAAUAAUAUGCAACGAGUCCGCGCUUUCAUCGAGAGGGCACCAACUGUGGCAGCAGAGCCGUCUGCGCUGUCGGCGUUUUCCACUGCUGCAUCGGUGAUUAUAUACACCUUGGAGAAGCAAAUGCUUGAUGGCUUUAAACAUAUCAGCUCAGUACUCCAGAUCAGAGCCUUGUUUCAGCGAUGUGGGGAACUGGUAGGAGCUCUAGCGAACAUGAUGGAUGCUGUGGAGAGGGCCGUGUCAGAGGUUGAGAUAAUCUCCUCUGUAUUCAAACUGGCAGCGCAGUAUUCUCACAUCUACGGUCAGAUGGAAAGCCUCUUCCGUGAAAUUGUCUUCAAGGUCGCAGGGCCGUGGCUAACGUAUGUGGAGUCGUGGGUUGGCUUUCGUCCAGAGACAUCCGCAUUUGACGAGUUAGUGGCCAGCGGCAGAAGCUUCGUUUCCUCCGUGAAGUCUGAAGCUAAGGGCAAGCUUUCGUCUCAAGAAAAGCAUGACUAUGUGUUUCUUCCAGACCAAAUGCCGUCUUUUGUCCCUCCUGACCAGGCGCAAUUGAUCUAUGAGAGCGGACGCAGCCUUCGGCUGCUCAAACGGUCUCACCCACAUCACCCUCUCGCAGAUGAUAGAGCACAUGUCGAAACUCCGGAGCUGAGUUGUGCUGGUACCUGGGCUGAGCUGGAGAGAAUUCAGACUAAAGCUCGUGAUUAUGAGGCUAGACUUCGAGCAGAAGUCCUCAAGUACAACCGCCAUGGACCAUCUGAAGAUGACGCAAGCAUAGAAAAGCCUGAGAUCGCCAAACCAAAAGGCGUUCCAGACGCUUUCGAUCUAUUUGACAUUGACGACGCCCACAAUAUGACCGGCCUACUCGCCGGUGCAUCGUCUCUAGAAAAAGAGAAACUUGGCCAACUGCUGGUCGAGGCUGAAAGCGCCAAUGAGGAACAAUCCGGGAGGCUUGAGACAAACUUCGCCCCAGAAGUAACGUCCUCGCUCUACCUAUCUCUUGCGCCUCUACUCUCAUCGCAGGCUUUACUAAUUGACUUUUCCUGCCUCCACCUUCUAUUCAAGGAGCACAAGCUAAGGGAUCAUUUAAGCCUGCAAUGGCGAUUCCAACUUCUUGGCGAUGGGUACUUCACAUCUCGUCUUUCUCAAUCACUCUUCGACCCCGAAAUGGAGAGCGGCGAACGAAAAACUGGUGUUGUACGAAGCGGUGUCCACACGGGUCUACGGCUGGGAAGCCGAGACACUUGGCCCCCAGCAAGCUCAGAACUGCGCUUAGUUCUGAUGGGUAUACUCAACGAAUGUUACAGCGGCGAGUAUGCAGAUGGCUCUGGGAAUCCCGAAUUCGAGAAGGAGAAGGAACUCCCGGGAGGUUUGAGCUUCUCUAUACGAGAACUAUCAGAGGCAGAAAUUGCCAAGUGCAAGAAUCCCAACGCCAUUGAAGCGCUGGACUUCCUCCGCCUUCAAUACAAACCAUCCAGCGUCCUAGAAGCCAUCAUCACCCCCCGCUCUCUCCGUAAAUACGAUCAGCUCUUCAAACAGCUCCUCCGACUCCUUCGAAUGGUUUCAGUCGUCAAGGGUCUCAUCCGUGACUCAACCGCCAGGAACUCACUCUCCGGUGACACACGAAACAUCCUCCAAAGAUUCCGCAUAGACUGCCAACACUUCGUCCUCGCUCUCAGCGAUUACUCCUUCCAGCUGGGCAUCGGCUCCACCUGGCAGCGCUUCCAAGAUACCCUCUCCCAAAUCGAAACUUGCCUAGACCGCGGCGAUAUAGACGGCACCAUCGAAGCGGCCCAUUCUAUCCCCAGGCUGCGAACUUACCACGAGGAUACGCUCGACCAGAUGCUCUUCGCGCUCUUCCUCAGCAAACGGCACGCCGAGGUCGCGAAACUGUUAGAUGGGGUAUUCGACACGAUACUGAGGUUUGCUCCGUUAUCACGGUUGGACGGGAUACAUGGUGUGCGGCACGAAAGUGAGGCAAUGGUUAAGCGAUUGCAUGCUGUUUUUAGAAAGCAAACGGCUGCCUUUGUUAGGUAUUUGCGUGGUCUUGAUGGCGCGAGAGGGGCAGCGCAGUCGAAGACAAUGGAUAGAGGGAGAUCUGGGAUUGCUUUUGCGAGAGAGGGGUCCCCGAAUGUGUUUGACCAUCUUCUGGUGAGACUGGAUAUGAAGAGGUACUACUAG